GCGGCGGCGGCGCGCCCGCCCUCCAUUAAACAGCUUAGCGCGGCAGUUGCUUGGCGCGUGGUCGGAGCCGCGCCUGCCUCUCCCUCGCUCCCUCCCUGUGUGUGCGCGCGCGCGUUCUGUCUCUCUCUCUCUCUCUCUCUCCUCGGCCCCUUCGCGUGUGAGUGUGCACCAGUGGGGGAGGGGAGGCGAAUGAGGCGGCUCUGCCUUCCGCCGGUUCAUCUCCGUAUCCAUCCCCUCCGUGGUCCCUGCUCCACCCCGCCAGCCACCGCCUGCCGGCAUUAGCCUCCAGGGCCGCAGCGGUGGGGGAGCAAAGGGAAAAGGGUCGCGGCGGACGGGGUGGGGAAAGGUGAGGACCUGGCGGCGGCGGCAGCAGCAACGAGAGAGACGGAGAGAGACACGCGGGGAGGCUGAGGCCCACAGGAGGACGGAACAAGGAGCGGCGGCUGAAGGGAUUCCCGGCGUGGCCGUUGGAGCCUCCGGGGCGGAUUUGGAUCUGUGCGGCGUUAGGCGGCUGGGAUUUAACGCGGUGGUGGCGGCGGCGCGUCGUGCGGGGAGCGCGGAGGGGAUCGUGCCCGCGCCCCCUUCCCGCCUUUGCCGCCCGUGUGGCGAAUUGCCCCCAUCUGGACCAUGGCCGACGACGACGUGCUGUUCGAGGAUGUGUAUGAGCUCUGCGAGGUGAUCGGCAAAUUUUGAAAGGAUAACUACAUGGUGAGGAAAACGCCUUUGGAAAUGAUUUACCUGGGAGUAAGGGGUCCAUUCAGUGUUGUGCGACGAUGUAUCAACAGAGAGACGGGGCAACAGUUUGCUGUGAAGAUUGUCGAUGUAGCAAAGUUCACCUCAAGUCCAGGAUUAAGUACAGAAGAUCUGAAAAGAGAAGCCAGUAUCUGUCACAUGUUGAAGCACCCUCAUAUUGUUGAACUUUUGGAAACCUACAGUUCCGAUGGAAUGCUAUAUAUGGUUUUUGAAUUUAUGGAUGGUGCAGACCUCUGCUUUGAAAUUGUAAAGAGAGCAGAUGCUGGCUUUGUGUACAGUGAAGCAGUAGCCAGUCAUUACAUGAGACAGAUACUGGAAGCACUACGCUAUUGUCAUGAUAAUAACAUAAUUCACAGAGAUGUGAAGCCGCACUGUGUGCUACUUGCCUCAAAGGAAAAUUCGGCACCUGUGAAACUUGGUGGUUUUGGUGUUGCUAUUCAAUUAGGGGAAUCGGGACUUGUUGCUGGAGGACGGGUAGGAACACCUCAUUUUAUGGCCCCAGAAGUAGUAAAAAGAGAGCCAUAUGGAAAGCCUGUAGAUGUGUGGGGAUGUGGAGUGAUCCUUUUUAUUCUGCUCAGUGGUUGUUUGCCUUUUUAUGGAACAAAGGAAAGAUUAUUUGAAGGCAUUAUCAAAGGAAAAUACAAGAUGAAUCCAAGGCAAUGGAGCCAUAUCUCUGAAAGUGCCAAAGAUUUGGUACGACGUAUGCUUAUGCUGGACCCAGCUGAAAGAAUUACUGUUUACGAGGCACUCAACCAUCCUUGGCUGAAGGAACGUGAUCGCUAUGCAUACAAGAUUCACCUUCCAGAAACUGUGGAACAGCUGAGGAAAUUCAAUGCAAGAAGGAAGUUAAAGGGUGCAGUACUAGCAGCAGUAUCAAGCCACAAAUUCAAUUCUUUCUACGGUGAUCCCCCUGAAGAACUGCCAGACUUCUCUGAAGACCCUACCUCCUCAGGAGCAGUCUCACAAGUGCUGGACAGCCUUGAGGAAAUCCAUGCGCUUACAGAUUGCAGUGAAAAGGAUUUAGAUUUUCUACAUAGUGUUUUCCAGGAUCAGCAUCUUCAUACGUUACUAGAUCUUUAUGACAAAAUUAACACAAAAUCUUCACCGCAAAUCAGGAAUCCGCCAAGUGAUGCUGUACAGAGAGCCAAAGAGGUAUUGGAAGAAAUUUCAUGUUACCCUGAAAACAGUGAUGCAAAAGAACUGAAACGUAUUUUAACACAACCUCAUUUCAUGGCCUUGCUUCAAACUCAUGAUGUUGUGGCACAUGAAGUUUACAGUGAUGAAGCAUUACGAGUUACACCACCUCCCACCUCUCCAUAUUUAAAUGGAGAUUCUCCAGAGAGCGCCAAUGGAGACAUGGACAUGGAGAAUGUAACAAGAGUGCGAUUGGUUCAGUUCCAGAAAAACACAGAUGAGCCAAUGGGAAUCACUUUAAAAAUGAAUGAGCUGAACCACUGCAUUGUAGCAAGAAUUAUGCAUGGAGGAAUGAUUCACAGACAAGGUACGCUUCAUGUGGGUGAUGAAAUUCGGGAAAUAAAUGGAAUCAGUGUAGCAAAUCAAACAGUGGAACAGCUGCAAAAAAUGCUUAGGGAAAUGCGAGGUAGUAUCACCUUCAAGAUUGUGCCAAGUUAUCGCACCCAGUCUUCUUCAUGUGAGAGAGAUUCCCCCUCUACAUCCAGACAGUCCCCAGCUAAUGGCCAUAGCAGCAUUAACAAUUCUGUUUCGGACUUGCCAUCAACAACACAACCAAAAGGACGACAGAUAUAUGUAAGAGCACAAUUUGAAUAUGACCCAGCAAAGGAUGACCUCAUUCCCUGCAAAGAAGCUGGUAUCAGAUUUAGAGUUGGUGAUAUUAUCCAGAUAAUUAGCAAAGAUGAUCACAAUUGGUGGCAGGGUAAACUGGAGAAUUCAAAAAAUGGAACUGCAGGCCUCAUUCCUUCUCCUGAGCUUCAGGAAUGGCGAGUGGCUUGUAUUGCUAUGGAGAAGACUAAACAAGAGCAGCAGGCAAGCUGUACUUGGUUUGGAAAGAAAAAGAAGCAAUACAAAGACAAAUACUUAGCAAAGCACAAUGCAGUGUUUGAUCAAUUAGAUCUUGUCACGUACGAAGAAGUAGUAAAAUUGCCAGCAUUCAAAAGGAAAACACUAGUCUUACUAGGAGCACAUGGUGUUGGGAGACGACAUAUAAAAAAUACACUAAUCACAAAACAUCCAGACAGAUUUGCAUACCCUAUUCCACAUACAACCAGACCACCAAAGAAAGAUGAAGAGAAUGGAAAGAAUUAUUACUUCGUAUCACAUGACCAAAUGAUGCAGGACAUUUCAAACAACGAAUAUUUGGAAUAUGGUAGCCAUGAAGAUGCAAUGUACGGGACAAAACUGGAAACAAUACGGAAGAUCCACGAACAGGGAUUAAUUGCAAUACUUGACGUAGAACCUCAGGCCCUGAAGGUCCUGAGGACUGCAGAGUUUGCUCCUUUUGUUGUUUUUAUCGCUGCACCUACAAUUACCCCAGGCAUUAACGAGGAUGAAUCUCUUCAGCGUUUGCAAAAGGAAUCUGAAAUCUUACAGAGAACAUAUGCACACUACUUUGAUCUUACAAUUAUCAACAAUGAAAUUGAUGAAACAAUCAGGCAUCUGGAGGAAGCCAUUGAGCUUGUUUGUACAGCCUCACAAUGGGUUCCCGUCUCCUGGGUGUAUUAAUCUUAUCACCGGAAAAAUUUUAUCAUUACUGGGAACCACCUCAUACAUGGAAGAACCUCUUUGUUAUUGACCUUGUGUCAACAGGUCUUGGCCCCUAGAGACUACCUAGAUGUAGUGUGACCUAAAUUUAUAAUUAUCGUCAUGUCCUUAUAGAUAGGAGGAGAAAAUGCUAAUUUAAAGAGACAGUAUCUUUUUUAAUCAGUUCUCCUAAACUUUAUUAAAAUGUAUCUUUAAAUAUAUGUAUUAUUCAAUCCUUUGGAAUGUUAUAUUUUUGGAAAUCAUAGCUUUUAAUUUCAAAGGCCCCUAAAACUGCACAAAAUAGAUGCUGCUUUCUAUAAUCUAUUUUAAUAAUAAUAUGAUCUGUUACUUAACUUGGGGUUGGAACACUACAUUCUUUUUAGAGUCUGAUUUUGUGAAUUGGAAUACCUUGCUUUCCUUUAUUUAUUUGAAAUUAUUAGCCCAAUCAUAACAAGAUCAAUUCUUAAAUUCUAAUGGCCUUCCUUUGCUUUUUUAUUUUUAGAAUAGUAUUUUGAAGUACUUUCAUGUAAUAUCCGAAUAAUGUGAUACUGUCUCUUUGAAGAACUCUGUAAAACUUAUAGAGAUUUGAAGUUGGGUCUUGACUCUUAAUGCAUGUGGACAGUCGCAAGCGUUCAUGCUGUUGGUGUAUCUGUGUUGAAAAAAAACUGUAAUCUACAGCAAAGUACAUUCCGUUCAUGGGGGGAAGUACCCAAGGGAAUAAAAUUAAGUACUAUGACUAAGUUGUAAAACCUAUGCACAUCCCUUGCAUUUUGGGCAACUUUAUAAACAAAAAUCCUAAUUUUUAUUAAUAAUCAUGUAGUGAAAUGUGUUUGUAAUUUUGUCUCAAUUUAAUUUGUUGUAAAGGUGGGAGGGGGAAAAAAUUGCUGGUUUCACCAUUUCAGAUCUGUGUUGUCUGAGAGUAUUAACGUUUUAAUUACGUUUAAGCAAAGAAAUGCUGAUUUUUAAUAUGUAUGUAAUUGUUUUGAAAAUGCACACAUUUUACGAGAAAAUAUACUGUGCAAUGAAGAAACCAGUUUAGGCAUUGCGAUGAACUAACAAUUCCAAAAGACUCAUCUGCCGCAGCCCUGUAAAUUCCUUUCAACGGUAAAUGACUCUACAUUCUGACCAAUUUUUUAUUUUAAAUAUACUUCCUUUUAUGUGUUCAACAAUUAAAUGCCUUGGGUCAUUCAUUUCAUCACAGGAUUCUUCAGGUGCUUCGAAAACCAGUCAACUCCUUUGUAGAUGUUUAGGGUGGGGAAGGAUUCUCGCCAUCUUUGUGUUGAUUGGCAUACAUGGUUUGACUGCAAGACUUGAAGACUUGUGGCUCACUUAGCAAAUAAGGGUUGCUUCAUACAGUCACAUUUUUAGCAUGUGCGCAUAUUAUACAUGCUAAAAACAAUAUACUGAAAAAAAAUAUGCGUAAUAAAACAAACAUGUGGCGCACAGGUACAAAUCUCCGGGAGCUUCCAAUUGGCCACGUCCUCCUGCAGUGCAUACUGAAUGGGGAAGCGUUUGUCCUUGACAAUGUGUGAAGCACUCCUAAAUUUUAUAUGCAGAGCCUUAAUAAGCAAAUAUUUUCCAUGUAUUCAUCUCAGGGUUGUUGCUAUUUUCUGAUUUAUCUGACCUUCCUUCAGCAAAGGGUAACAUCUGUUCCCUGUCCUAGAAGAGGGAGACUGAGCAUUUCCCAUCCCAGUUUGAUGUCUUUGUGAACUUAAAUCACCAUUGAUCGCCAGUAUUGAUGUACCUUGGACUGAUUGUUUUACAUUUUUAUUAUUUAAUAUGGAUUUUUUGCUUUUGUUAUUAAAUUCCAGUAUGUUUUUGAAAAGUGUUAUCCUCAACGUUAAAAUGCAAAAAAAAAAAAAAUUAUUUACUCAUAGAUAGCUUCACCUCCUUGAGAACCAUUCAGAAUUCAAUGUAUGUUAACAAUAUAAAAGACUAAACAUUCUUAAAGGGCCUGAGAAGAGUUAAUCCACUUUGAGAAGACUGCAUGUGAGAGCAAAGAGAGCCAUUUCCUUUGGCAUAUAAGUCUUUGCACUUGGGUAUUUAUGUACAGAGGGUGAUACCCAACAUUUGUCCUCCUCAGAGUAUACCCAUUGGAAUCAAUGAGUUGAAUCCAGCUCUGCACACAGAGUUCCACUUGUGCAACAGGACUUCUCCUACCUCACCUUUCCUCACGUGUCCCAAAGAACUACUCUGCAAAUCUUUUAUAGCAGAUUUUGAGAAGAAGUCCAUUGAACAACCCAAUAAACUUAAAUACAUUAUCUCAGUGGACAACCAUAAUUUAGCUGGAUAGCACCCAGAAAGUUUAUCAAUUGCCUUUGUCUCAUUGCAUAGCCCAUGACACCUUCAGAAAUUCGGGUUGCAAGCUAGUUUUGAAUUUCUGAACCUGGCACAAUGUAUGUUUAAUGAGAAAAAGAGAUCCCUUUUUCUAUCCCCUCCCCCGGGCUUUGAUUAUUCAACUACAGUGGUACCUCGGGUUACAAAUGCUUCGGGUUACAAACACUUCAGGUUAUAGACUCUGCUAACCCAGAAGUAGUACCUCGGGUUAAGAACUUUACCUCAGGAUAAGAACAGAAAUCGUGCGGUGGCAGCGGAAGGCCCCUUUAGCUAAAGUGGUACCUCAGGUUAAGAACGGACCUCCGGAACUAAUUAAGUUCUUAACCAGAAGUACCACUGUAUAAACAUAACCAUUUAAUUUGCAUUUGUUAUUAGACUACAUAGUUUUCCUGACUUUAUGACAUCAUGCCUUGCAUCACAGGGCUGACAAAAAACUGAAGCAAUAUACAGCUGUUUCUUUACCAUCAACGUUAUUCUUAAGGAAUUGAGUGUACUAUUAUAAUCCAGUGCUGUGGAAAUGGAAUCACUGAGCUGAUUCAAUAAGCUUUUAAUCUCCCAGCAUUCUAACAUCUGCAUUAGUGACUUAUUCUCUCUGGGUUUUUUCUGUUCUUAUGUGUUAAACUUUUUAUUCUUUAGCUAAAUAUUCAGCAGCAAAUUAUGGGGAUUUAGUAGCCAGUGCCACUAUCAAAAACAUUUGUGCUAGUAGCAUAUUUAUUAGCAGUAUCUGUGUACAGUUGUGAUGCAAGUUCAUCUUCUAUGACAACAGCAGAACUCUAGUUUAUUUUAAUGCAGCUAAGUAGCAUCCAUGGUUUGUAGUUGAGAUUCCUGCAUUGCAGGGGGUUGGAUUGGAUGGCCUUCAGGGUCCCUCCCGACUCUGCAAUUAUAUGAUUCUGUGAUCACCAGGAUUGCACCCUUGGUGGGUGGCUCCUGCACUGCCGACACCCAUUAACAAUGCCGCCACCUGCCACACCAUCCAAAAUGGUAAAGUAUGGAAUGGUUCGGUCCCCCAUCUUGAUUCAAAAUAGCAGCCAACCUUUUCCAAACAAAGACCAAAAUCUGCACCUCCAUCUUAAGAACCGUCAUGUCAAAUUGGAAUAGCAGAAUCAUCAGAGACAUCCCCACUGACCCAGUUUGUUGCACCAAAUUGAGCAACCAUCUCUUGUGACAUCUCCAGAUAGGCAGAGUUUAGAAUGGUUCAGUCUGCUAUUUGGAUUCAAAACAUUGUCCAAUGGUAUCCAAGCAGACCAAAACCUGCCCUUCAAAUUGGGCAACAGUAUUUUCAAAGGUGUCAAAAUUGGUACAGUUUGGAACCAUCACACCAAACUGGGUGACGUAACACCAUACUGAGCAACAGCGCCUUCAGAGGCAUCGAAACACAGAACUCUGCAUCCAAAAGAGAGUUACUACCGGUAGGAAGAAGGAUUGGCUGCUAUACCACUGUGAGCAUUGUAGCUCUGUGGGGGUAAUAAGGAUCUUCUAAUAACUCAUCACCUUAACAAACUACAGUUCCCAGGAUUCUUCACGUGGAAGUCAUGACUGCUUAAAGAGGUAUGAUGCCACUUUAAAUAUAUUGUGCAGGUGGUGUCUCAAGAGUGAAAACCAGGAGUGUGUUUUUCUGUGAACUUGAGCAGGUGCUUGGAAGCAUCCUGCUCCUCAAUUUGAAGAAUAUGCUGUUCUUCCCACCCCAGCCACUAAUUUGCACCUGGCUCCAUUUGGUAAAUUUCAGAGUUCUAGGUUUUUUGCUUGUUUGUUUCUAAAGGUAGAAAAUGCAAGCCUGAAAUCUGCCCACCCUGGUUUACUGGACGUGCCUAUGCUGCCAUGUUUUUGAGAAACAAAAGACACCACAGGACAACCCUCAUGGUACUGAACAGUAGCCUCCCAUGACUACUCUGGAGGUCAGAAUGGAACCACUAAAGCAUGGUGCCCCCAUACUACCCCUUCUUAAAAAUAAUAUUAGGGAACAAUGAAGGAGCCUCUCUGUUUGCAUCUAUCCAAAAGGCAUUAUAAAUAGAGACUUUGUUUUCUGUUGGAAUACGAAACCUUACCGUUGUUAAUAUUUAAAUGAAAUUGAAAUGGGCCUCUUGAGGAAAAAAGAGAGCAUCUGUCCAGAGAAUUAGCACUUCUAUGAAGAAAUUAGCAUGGUGAGUUACUGCUUUGUUUUGUAAUAUUCUGAUAUCAUCUACUAGCUUUCAUUUUAAUUGGUAUUCUGAAAUGGGGGUAAAUCAACACAUAGA